AUGGCAGAUUGGGUUCCAACUAUUAAGCAGCUAGCGCUUGCUGACAACGCUUGUUACGGUUGUGGCAUUGCCAAUGCCGACGACGGUGAACUGUUCUCCGCCGCUGACAUUGACCACGAAGACUUGUGCUGGGACAGUGUUUACCGCGACCCUUAUGAGUUUGAGGCUACUGACGAAAGUGGUCAGCCCAUAAAGCACCACAUUACCGAGAAGGCUACCAUCCAGGAGGUCUUUGAGAAGCAGCAUUCUAGCAUUGGUAUCUUCAUUGGUGGUAACAAGUACACUUUUGCUAACUACGAUGAUGACUGCCAAGUUGGUGACUACACUUUCAAGUGCGUAUCUGCCGCUAAGAAUAAGGGUGGUGCACAUUUGGUGAAGACCCCUGGAGGUUACAUUGUGAUUUGUGUGUUUGAUGAGAACCGUGGUCAAAACAAGACUUCCUCAAGGAUGGCCGCCUUUGCGUUAGCGGAGUACAUGGCAGCUAACGGAUACUAA